GGGCGCCGAUCCAAUUGAGUAUGAGACGUUGCCGGCGGGAGCGAUGGCGAUGGCAUCCGAGAAGUGCACAUGCAUUAUGCUAGAGUUAGAUCUUCAAAAGAAGAACAAACAGACAUUUAUCUUCCUUUCUGGGCAGUGACGAGUGAGGGGAGAGAGAAUUGGAGAGGGGAGAGGAAGUUCUAGAUUUGUGGUGUUACAUACUAUUUUGGUACUAAUUAUGUUGAUAUGUGUAAAAAAAA